CCAAUAACUGUGUUUUAAUUAGUAUCAGCGCAAAAGUAUCAUAACACAGACACAAUACUGCCGCGUUUUAUUUUUCUUCUUUUUUUACAUAGCGCUUAGAAUAUCAGUACCAAUAAAUAGGGACGACUCCGAGUCCGUGGUUGAUUAGAACUCGUACUUAUACAUGUACUACUGUGCUGUACUUUGAUCGAGUAUUGCUUAUUUCAGGGCAGAAAAAAAAUCAUGUCUGGAUUGUUGGAAAUAUGCCGAAGUCCUCCGUCUUCAGAAUACGUGACUGUCAUGGAGAAAAAUGGGGAAAUGAAAUAUGUGUCUUCUAACAUGGCUGAACCUUUGCUUGGCAACUACCCAGAUAUAAGAGUGUCAAGAGACCAGGCUCGCAUUGCUUCUUGCAGAGAAAAUGUGAAAUCUGCUUUUAUUCCUCAAGAGAAAACUGUGUGGCAGAAGGCAUUACACGCAUGGUAUGACCAAGGAUUGACUAGCUCAUUUGAAGAGAUUGUUGAGAGCAAGGAAGAAGUCAGUCCAGUUGCAGCAUCUGUAGUUAAUGGGAUUCUAGGUUUAUUGAAAGCUUUCAGCUCCUUAAAAGUCUCUGUAUUUCCUCACAUGUCUCUGUCAAAUGAAGGACUUAUUGCUAAGUAUGCAGAAGUAUCAGACUGGUCAGAGAGUCCAGUCCGAGCAUUUGCCUGGCACCCCCAUACCACAAAGUUUGCCCUGGCAUUGCAAGAUGAUGCUGUGCAUGUGCAUACUUCUGGCAACAACUUGGUGCCAGUUCUAAAGCACAAGUUGCAAAAAUAUGUUCUUGUCUGGCCUGGCAGUAAACCUUUGUCUGCGUCAACUCUGGCUGUUGCUUGUGAAUCCUGCAUUCUUAUUUGGCAUGUGGAACCCACUUCUCUGGCAGCAAGGCCCUCCACCAGUUUGGCGCAAGUGCUAAAGCAGCCAGGUCAUGUACCAGUCACUCAUCUUGCCUGGGAUCCUUCAGGAAAACUGCUUUUGUCUUCCUCACCCACAGACACAGCUAUUAUGGUUUGGAGUGUUCCCACUGAAGCAUGUACACCACUUAGACGAUUUGGAGGAGGUGGCAUUUCAUUGCUGUCAUGGUCACCUGAUGGUAGCAAGGUUUUGUCUGCUACUCUGUCUUCUAUGUUUAGGGUUUGGGAGACCACAAGCUGGAACUGUGAAGUUUGGUCUCAGCUGUCAGGGCGCUGCAUAGCUGCCUGCUGGAGCUGUGAUGGAAAGAUGCUUUUAUUUGCCAUGGAAGCUGAUCCUGUACUUUACUGUAUCAAGUUUGGUACUCUACAGCAUGAUUUUAUGCUGAAAGACGAUACUACAGCACAAGUUAAAAGUGGCAGCAUGGGGAGUGCUCCCAUGGCAGUUGCUGUAGCCGAUCUUUCUGAUGUCAUUUUAACAUCACAGAGUGGAGAAGAUGUCAGGAUUGGUGGUUUUGUUCAGCAGAUGGUUUGGAAUAAGACAAGUGAGAGAUUAGCUGUUCUUUGUCGAGGUCCAGACGAGAAAAUUAGCCCUUUCAUAAUCAUCUUUAAGACUGCCCGACAUCCAGUUUUACAAUUGUUACCAAGUGGUUUUGUGAAGGGAGAAGUUGGGGAGAUCCCUCAUCACAUCGCCUUCCAGCCUAGUUUUGAUCAAGGAGCUCUUCUGAGUGUAGUUUGGUCCAGUGGACGAGUGGGUUAUGUCCCUAUGUAUUUUGUUGUUGAAGAACACAUUGCUUCAGCACAGUUCCAGCAUACAGCUGUCAAUGGACACAGCACUCGACAGCUGUACACAACACCUGACAGCUGUGCACAGAACUUAUGUGACCAUGAACUACAGUUCUUAGGUAAAGACAUGGUACUAAAUAGAUAAUAUCACUUAUGAGAGAAGGUAUUGAGUUCUGCUGUGGGAUUAGUGUUAUGUAUAUUGGAAGAAAAGCAGAGAGCCAUGGCAUUGUGUGCAUUUUGACAGUUGAUAGUGGGCCCUGAGAAAAGGAGUUCUUAAAGAAAGGCUUUGUAACAUUGAAUCUGUAACUCAUGGAAAGAUUAUGAAUGUAUGUUUCAGAAAAAGUAGAAGUUGUAGUCUGGCUGACAAUAUUAUACAAAAUUUCUGGAUGAUUGUCUGACGUAUGUUAAAUGGUAGAUUGUAGAAGUGUUUUGUCUUGUUUCUGGAUGCAUUUUGAAUCAUUUGCUUGAAAUGCAUAUUUUGUCAGAUAAUUGUAAAUAUAUUAUAUUUGUAAAUAUUAGUGAUUUAUUGCAGACAAGUUUUAAAAAUUAAAAUAAUCUGAGAUGGUGCUCUUCAUGAUUUUAUGUACUUGCAUUAUAAAUCCAGUGGUGCUAAGAUGAGUGUUAAUUGCAGCAUCAUAGCAAUUAAAAUAAAUUUUGUGAACAGCGUUCAUUUUUGUGAUGUACAUUAACACAGUUUACCAUGCAAUUAAUACAAUACAUUACAACUAUAUUAACCCACAAGGGCAAUUCCAGAUAGUGCUCAUACUAGCAAUGCUUCGAGAUAAUACACAAAAAUGUCGAAAUAACUUCUCUCACACACACUAUAUGUAUAAACACACAAUUCCCAGUGACAGUAAAUAACAGUUGGUAACCUUAAGUCACCUAAGGCUACUACAAGAUCAUGGCCAGGAGAGUCGAUCAGUUAUAACAAGUAGUGACCAAUGUUUUCAUGAUGGCUGUAGUUGACAGGAAGAAUAAUAACUCUGGGGACAUUACAAGUCUUUCUAAAGUUAAAAUACAGUACAGAAAAAGACUAUAGAAAAGAAAGGUUUUUAAUCUUUUUUGCUGCAGGUGCUUUUGAAUGGAGUCAGUUUAGAGACAAUACUUAAUUGAAAUCAGUUGACUAAUAAUAAUAAUGUGUAAUUGUACCACAGUUUCAUGAUCAAGAUAGAUUGCACUCUGCCCAGACCAUUUAGUGAUAAAUGAACAUUAGAUAGUAGUGGACGGUGAGAUAGGCACUAAAAAAAACAUAAAAGAUGAAGUACAAGAGUAGAACAUAAAGCAGUGGAUAAAGGUAUGAAAGGAUAUAGGUACAUGUACUAUAAACAGCAUAAGAUGGGAGUCGUUACCUAAUGGUCAUAAUUCAAAAUAUUUCAAACAUUUUAGCAUUUAAUAUCCUUAAAAACUGUAAAUGCAGUGUAAUAAUUAUGCCAAUAACAUGAACUGUUACCUCUUUGUGUAACUUGUCUGUUUUAGAGAUAUUUUAAAAACUAGUGUAACUUUGAACAAUGAUCAUGUAAUAUGGUAUGAUCAUUAUGCAAUGUGAUACUGGUAUGUGUACAAGAAUAUAUGGUUGAUAACCAUGACAAUAAAAACAUUAACAACAUC